AUGUUCCAGCCGUCCUCAGAGUGCAGCUACCUUUUUAGGUUCUGGGAUCAGUGCUGGGAGGACGAGUGUAGGGAGGUGACAAAGCGGGAGUACGGCUGCGCUCUCCGGCAGCGGGCGAGAGACGCAGACGCCAAAGCUGAGAACGAGUUGGAGGCAAGAGAACGGGGGAAACAGUCAACGGGGACCCUUGGUCGGUCUUCAUCUAGGGGCAAGAGGCGUCGCAAGGAGCGAGACCAGUGGGAUAUGGAGGCGAUGAUAGAGUCAGGGGAUUGGCCAGAUGGAGAAUCGGCGUGGCAAGAGGGGGGAGAGGAAGCGCAAGAAUGCGGCACGACCUUUCGACGGCACUUGCUUCAGGUGCGACACCCUCUCCAAACGAUUGCAUGGCUUGUCUACAAGUCGGCGGGGAAAAAUAAGGAGGGGGUGGGCACCGACUGUGGGGCCGGUCGGCAGCAUCUCAUUACCGCCUCCUCGCUGCUAACCAACAAGUUCAUCAGAACACAGCUUGGAGCUGGAGGAAACGGUGCCUUCUCUGACUUUGACUGGGCCAGGGUGGCCAGUUCCUGCGUACAAACGUGGGCGUGGUACUGGGUGGUGUACAACCGGGCGAUGCUGCAGGGGGUGGACAAGUGGUAUCGUGUCGAGGACACGCCAGCCAGCCAGAUUGCUGCUAUGGCUGGCUUUUCGAGCGUGACCAUAGCCGAGGCUCUCCAAGAGUCCGAGUCAGCCCCUGACGACGAGGCAGGGGUUGGACAAGUCAUGACCAGCAACCCAACAGGGUUCGAGGUCACGUGGGCAGAAAUCGCUUCCUUUCCGGGGGGGCUGCUUCAAGAGGUGUCUGAUCUCGCCGUGGAGUUAGGAUACGAAGCAGCCCCGGGAUUGGCGAGAGAGGCAGAGAAGACCUCCGCUAGCGACGGAGGCAGUGGAGAGGGCGGAGUUCGGGACGGUGGAGCCAAGAGGGGCUGGAGAGGCCUUUUUGGCAAGCGAUGA